AGUACGGACCUCUGAACAGAACCGUCAGACCAGUUCGUGACGAGCGAACAGGAAAAACAGCUGGCGUGACUGUCCGCGCAGAGGCUGAUGGGAGCUCAGCUGUCAGGUGUGUCUCCGCCCGCAGACUCCUCCUCUCUGGUCACAGUUUCCUGUACAGUCAGGUUACCGAACCCAGCUCCCCGUCUGAGUUCCAGCCGAACCGACUCCCUCAUUCAAAACUCUGUAAGUUCUGAUAGUUGACUGUUUAGAAGGUCCCCCCAAGCCUCACCUGGACUCAGAGACACCUGCUGCCGCCAUGAGAGCGGAACCGUGUGAGCGGUAGAACUGAGAAUACACAGCAGAGUAUUAACGAAAAACUGGGCUGUCCGAACCAAAACCGUGGGGUCAUGGAUGCGCUGGAUUCUGGACAGAAGUUCAGUCCCACACAGGACUGGGAGGUCACAGAGCAGUUCCUGCAGGCCUCUGAUCCUAGGCAUCUGGAGAAGAAACCGGGCCAGAGGAGGAGGCUGUGGGUCGGACUGGGGCUGCUGUUUACAGCCGCCGCGCUGACUCUGCUGACCGGACUGCUGGUGUGGCACUUCCACUUGCGCAGUGACAUCAGAGUGAAGAAGGUCUACGUCGGCUCCAUGGGAAUCGGCAACAAGCCCUUCGUUGCAGAGUAUGAGGACCCCAGCAGCAGCCUGUUCAGGAGCCUGGCUGAUCUGGUCAACAAGCAGCUCAAACUGAUCUACUCUGAAAACUCAGUCCUUGCCAGAUACUUUAAAGGCUCCACAGUCCAGGCCUUCAGUGAAGGAGACGUCGACCCUGACGGCGUCGUGGCGUAUUACGAGUCGGAGUUUGAGCUCCCCGCCCCCCAGGAGGCCUCACUGAAUGAAGCCAUUCAGUCUCUGGAGCCACUGACAGGAAGUCUGCAGGUCCAGCGGGGACGACUGAUGCUGAAUCCCACCAUCGCUCUGACCGUCCGGAGCGUCUCGUCUGGAGCUCUGGAUCCACGGCUGACCAGGAUGAACAUAUCUGAGAGGAAUUCCAUAGAAGUACACGUUAGGAAAUCCGGCCACAUCGAUUCUCCCGGGUUCCCGGACACUUCUUAUCCACCCAGCAUGUCCCAGAAGUGGAGGCUUCGGGCCGACCGGGGACACAGGAUCCGGCUGGAUUUCCACACUUUGAUCCUGGAAGACGACUGUCAGAAUGACUUCAUCAAGAUCUACGACUCUCUGGCGCCCAUCGAGCCCCGACUUCUCACAGAACAGUGUGGUUACCCUCAUGGCUCCUUAUCCUUUGUGUCCUCUGGGAACGUCAUGCUGGUGAUGCUGGUCACCAACAAGGAGAAGAACUUCCCUGGAUUCAGAGCUUUCUACUCCCAGAUUCCUGCAGAUGAUGGAGAAUGUGGAGGGAAGCUGAUUGAAGAACGAGGAACCUUCUCCUCGCCGUUAUUCCCUGCCAACUAUCCCCCUAAAAGCUUCUGUACCUGGGACAUCCAGGUUCCCAAGGAAAGGGCUGUGAAGGUUCUGUUCAAGAAGUUUGCUGUGGGGAAGGACACACCAGGUUGUCUGGAUGACUACGUGGAGAUCAACAAUCAGAAGUUGUGUGGCAAUGAGUUAAAAACCACAAUGUUUACCAGCCAGAGCAACAAGAUGACCAUCCAGUUCAAAUCUGACCCGUCACACGUCUCCCAGGGGUUCGCAGCUGAGUACGAAGCCUUCAUCCCGACCAAUCCUUGUCCCGGGAAGUUCAGGUGCAGCAACAACAUGUGCAUCAACACCACCCAACACUGUGACGGCUUUAAUAACUGCGGAGACAACAGUGACGAGUUCAGCUGCAAGUGCAAGGCGAUGCAGAUGGAAUGUAAAAACGGUCUAUGUAAAAAGAAGUUCUGGAGAUGUGACGGCGUCGACGACUGUGGUGAUAACUCUGAUGAAGAAGGCUGUGUGAAAUGCACUGAUGGAGAGUUUUCCUGCAGAAACGGUCGUUGUAUCUCAAAGAAGUUGCUGUGUAACAACAAAGACGACUGCGGUGACGGUUCUGACGAGUCCAGGUGUGAAAAAUCUCUGUGGCUGCAGUGCUCCAACUUCACCUUCCGCUGCAGGAGCGGCCGCUGCAUCAGCAAACUGAACCCUGAGUGUGAUGGGGAGUUGGACUGUGAGGACGGUUCUGAUGAGGCCGACUGUCAGUGUGGCAUUCCGCCGUUUCGCAGCUCCCGGAUCAUCGGCGGCCAGGUGUCGCGGGAGGGGGAGUGGCCUUGGCAGGUGAGCCUCCACAUCACAGGGAAGGGACACACGUGUGGAGCGUCGGUGCUGAACAACCGCUGGCUGCUCACUGCCGCCCACUGCUUCCCGGACAAGUUCGCUCAGGCCAGCCAAUGGGAGGCCUUCCUGGGGCUGCAUGUGCAGGAUCAGACCAACGAGUGGACGGUGACCCGGAAGGUCAAGCAGAUCAUUGUCCAUGAGAAGUUUGACCACAUAAGCUUUGAUAACGACAUUGCCCUGAUAGAGCUGGACUCCAACCUCACCCUGAACCAGUACAUAUGGCCCAUCUGCCUGCCGUCUCCCACCUACGACUUUCCAGCAGGCCAAGAGGCGUGGAUCACCGGCUGGGGCGCCACGGUGGAGGGAGGUGCCAGUGCUAAGAUUCUGCAGAAAGCACAGGUCCGGAUAAUCAACAAUACGGUGUGCAAGGAUCUGCUGGAGAACCGGAUCAACGACAGGAUGCUGUGUGCCGGGAUCCUGACCGGAGGCGUGGACGCCUGUCAGGGCGACUCCGGCGGGCCUCUGGCCAUCACCAACCCCAGGGGGCGGAUCUUUGUGGCGGGCGUGGUGAGCUGGGGCGAAGGCUGUGCCCUCAGGGACAAACCUGGCAUCUACACCCGAAUAACGGAGUUCCGGAGCUGGAUAAAGGAGCACACUGGAGUUUAACUAGACCAAGAUCUAGACCAAGUUGUCCUCCUUCUCCAUCCAUCCAUCACCAUGAAUCCACGUGUUCUGCAUGUUUAAAUGUUUACGGAUCAGCGGUUUAAGGAACCAGACAUCAGAAACUGAGGGUUGUUGUUACAGAUCUGAGUUGCCAAAAUCUAAUUACUGUCUUUUGUUUCUAAAGUUGAAAUUAAAAAAUGUAUCUUGUUUGUUAUCCAGAUUCUCAGCUGCUUUGUUUUUGCACAGAUCUGUCAGGAAAUGAAUCCAAACGCUGUUGGGAGGGAGUGUGAUCAUGAUCAGGGCUGUUCCUAAAUACUGAAACUCUGGGCUUUCUGCUGACGUUUACCUGGACUGUAGAUUAAAUGUUAACAACUUUCUGCUUUUAGCUCAAACCAUGAACUCAGCCACUGAAGAAAUUCCUCACAUCCAGAGGUUCACCUUUAAUGGAAACUGGAAAGAUUUAAUUAUGAGACUCAUUGGAAACUUUCUGCUAAAAACUAAAUAUUUUUAACCAGCGAAGCAGAAAAUUAAAAACUAAUAUCCCGAGCUGGAAAAUUAAAAUAUCAGUAAAAGGUUUCUAGUUUAAAGCAAACAUUUAAUUAGAUAACCUUUAGGAAUAAUUUCACUGAUUAGCAGAAUAAGAAGGAAACCAGCAAACUGUUAAAGCAUCUGAUUUGCUGAAACCUAGAACCACACUUGAAUGAAGUCUAGAACUCUUGGGCUGUUUCUUGACAAGCUGUUGGGUCGCAUCAAACUUUGAGGAGUUCCUCAGAGUUGUGUGUUUGGCCCCUCAGAGCUUUAAAAACCUUUUAUGGUCUAUUAACACCUUUCUCCCUUUUUUACAGUUUUAGAAAAAGAUCUGUUUUAUUGUUAAUCAGAUUAUAUAUUAAGUAGAGAUUUUUAAUUUGAACAUAUCAGAUACAAUGGAUAUUUAGUAUGCAAAUUAGGCAUAACCACUAGAUGAUGGCAAAGUGCUUCCCAAAUUCCUGGGAAGUACAGAAUGUGCAUAAUCAAGAUUUAGUGGUAUACAUACCCCGCCGUGGCUGGGUCGAGCUGAAUAUUUGACAGUUGUCCAUAAGUGGCUGAACUCUGAUUUGAACUCUGAACAGAAGAACCGAAGGAGGUCCAACAGAACCAUGAGAGGUUCUUGUUUGCUCUCAGGAAUUAAUAUAGCUUGCAGUAAACCCUUUCAGGUCUUCCCACUUGUAUACUUUAGGAUGGGUUUAAUAUUGUGUUUGUUUACAGUUGUGCUUUUGCUGCAUUUUGUUGGUUGUUUGUGCUCUUUGUUUUUUUAAUAUUUUUCUAAUUUUUGUGUCUCCUCUGCCUUUGACUAGCAUUCAGUGAUGUCAUAAUUAUGAAGAUAGAUAUAUUAUUCUACCCAGAGACGUUUACUGUCUUCCAUCUAAAUAAACUUUAAAUUCUUACCUAAUCCUUUGCUCUAAAAAAAUAAAGUGAGACUGGAAACCA